AGAGCUUUCUGAAAAAAGGAAACUACAAGUGUAUUUCCAGUUCGAUGAUUAAUCGCCUUUAUUAAAUAGUAAAUUGUGAUUGUAGUGAAAAUUUAGCGCAAAGCUAGUUAAAAUCUCCUUGAAAAAGUGGGAAAAUGCAUUUUUUUGAAAAUGUUCUCGUGUGGAACCAAAUUUUUUGAGAUGAUGGCAAAUAUAGUACUUCAAUCAAGAAACGAUUCCAGGGAAUCACAAUCCAAUUCCGACGGUAAUUGCAACUCAAGAAUGGCGGAUAACGAGCUGCUGCAGCCGCCCAAUUCACUGCCAUUGGAAAACAACAACACAUCGCUUACACUGCAAAGAGUGGACAGACAAACUUCCACUAUGACCUCGCCGAGCACCAAUUCUAGCGAAGUAGAGGCAUUGAGCAGCCACCAUGCUCUAGACGUUGUUAAAGGAUAUUUUAUAAAAGAUUUCGAUUUAAGGGAUGUGCAGAUGUAUAUUCGUGACAUAUUUAAUGAAUAUGAAAAAAGAUAUAUAGAGGCAGGCGUUUAUCAAGAUGAGCAAAGUUGUCAACAUGAAAUUCAAGAUGCACAUCGCGAGGAGCAGGUUUUACGCCUAUUUGCCGUAUUGCGACAUAAGGAUCCCUCACAAAUAACUAAAUUUAUGGAUGCUUUGCUGCUCGACUAUUCUUGGCUUGUGAACCAUUUUGAGAAUGUGAACAAAGUCGACUAUAGCCGUUAUGUAGAUUUAGUACAUUCUUUACACUCUAAGGUCCAUCUGAAAUUCGAUGACUACAAUGUGCAUCGCUCAGUGCCGUUCCGAAAAUUACGCAACGCACUGCUAGACAUGCCACCUGCCGGCCGUGUGGUGCUGGUUAGUGACUUCGGUUGUGGCAAGAAGUGGCUGGCAAUCGAUGCUUGCUCCGAUUUUGAUGUCGCAAACGCUAUGAAUUUCCAAAUUCACUGGGUCGAUAUGAGUCAAUGUACAAGCUCGCUGGAAGAUCUACGUAUGUUGCGUUAUUUAAAAUUAUUACUUACACAAUCGACGCGUUCACCUUCACCGGCUAGUUAUGGUUCGUUGGAUCGAGUUAACAAUAAUACGCAGGUUUAUAAAAAUUCGAUAGCUGAAGUAUGCGUUGAGCUGAAAAAGCAUUUGGAUAAGAAGUGUCUUGUCAUUUUGGUGAACGUACAGAAUACGCAUGCGCUAAAAGCUUUCGACUUGCCAUGUAAAUUACUCGUUAUCACGCGUAGUAAAAAAGUUAGCGAUUCGUUUGCAAAAAAGCGAAGCACCACAUUAAAUGUGAAUCGUGGUUUUACACGCGAAGAACUUUAUCUGCUCUUUGAAAAGUAUUUGGAACAUCAGAAUUUCAAAGAAAGCCAUGUAGAUUUGAUAUAUGCACAUAGCAAUGGGCAUCCAUAUUUGCUCAGUUUAAUUGCGCAGAGUUUGCGCCAAAACUUGAACAAUUGGCAGAGUUGGAUCGAUAAGUUGCGAGAAUCGGACCUUGUUGAUGAGAAAUUCAAUGCCGCGAUAGAAAAGAGCCUCGAGAGCUUAGAGCCGGAUUUAAGAAAGGCAUUUUCUGAGGUAUUUCGUUGCUUCCCGCAUGCCAUUUUUGUGCCAAAAAGGGUAAUUGUGGCCCUGUGGCCUGGGAGCAGUUGUGAAAAAGAUUUGAUCAAGUUACAUCGUCAUGGUUUUCUAGAAAAGUGCAUUUUAGAAACAGGUGACUUCUUUAAGCUACCAUUUAUUUAUGGUAAAAUGAAGGAAAGAUAUGUAGUAACAGACGAAGAAAUAGUAGAUAUGCAUAAGAAACUGCUUGAAUACUAUCAUUUCGUUGAGGAUUUAGAUGCUCGCAAAGAAGUGUUGCCUUUCCAACGUGACGUUCAUGAUUUCUACUUUUUUCUCUGCAUCGGUUAUCAUCUCAAAAAGUCUGGAUUGACGCACUACUUUCGGCAAAUCUAUUUGGAUUAUGGUUUUCUAGAGCAAAAAAUGCGUAACGUCGACUUGCUAAGCACAAUCGCCGAUUUGGAAACGUUUCGGCAUUACAUUGCCCCUAAUUCGGAGCGUCGUAAAGCAUUUCGUGCCAUACGUGAAUUUUUACCCAACAUCGAAAAGACAUUGCAAGAGUCGAAGAAUGCUACACUCUUACAAUGCGCGCUCAUGGAGAGCGGUUUGGUGGGUGCUGAAGCGCUUACACAAGCGGCUGCUUUUCCAGAUUACACAUGGUUUGAACACCGCGGUUUCUUCCACCAACGACACAAUAUUAUUUCUCUGCCCAGUACUCCAAAGAAAGUUAUACUACUUGAUCAUGAACGCUCUUUGAUUGUACUGGAGGAAAGUAAGACUAUACUGCUGGUCAACACAUCGCUGAAUUGGAACUCAUAUUCAGUCAAAUUAAAGGAUCCGGUGUUAGUUAAAACAACCGUAGUUGAUGCUCUCUUUUUUACUGACAAUAACUACGACAUUGUACUAGCCUUAUACAGUAAUGGUGAUAUGAAAUUUUGGUGUAUACCGUGUGAUUGCAGUACGGACCGGCGAAGGUCUGAUUCUUUUGCACGCCCGCAAGCCAAAGAAAUUGAAUGUUGUAACGUCACUCCUCGAGCCUACCUUUUCAAACCGAUUACCGCAUUUGAACUUUCUAAUGAAGGAAAUGAUAAACAACCCUAUUUAUAUAUGGCGCAUAUGAAUGGUGAAAUCAGCAACAUUCAGUGGAAGAGCGAAAGUAAAACAUUUUGCUCUACAUCGACACCGUCUUUGAAAACUGAAAUGCGAGCUAUAACUAUUGUGCGCCUCAUCUUUCGUCGAUUCUAUGUAGUUGGCAAUACAAAAGGGGAAGUACGUAUUUUCGAUGUCACAGAUUAUUCGCAACAACGUGGUCUUGAACCAUUCACCAACUUCAUCGAAGCCAUCGAGCUAUCGCGGAAUGAGACACUUCUAGUUUGCAACACUUGCAUUGUUCGUUUUACAAGCAGUUCAAUACUUCAAACGGGACAUGUGGAAUAUCUGCUUCAUCAAGAUGACUUGACUGCUUACGAUCAGGGGAAUGUUAUAAAAUGUGCUAAAUUGUUGUUUAUCAAUGGACGUAAACAACUCGUUUUGGGCACAAAUAGUGGACUGAUUAUCUUCGACAUUGAAAUGCGUACAAGAGUGCUCACUACAAAUGUUAACGAACAGAUCACGUGUGUUGAUGUACAUCCGCUGGAAAAUGCCAAGUACAAAUAUAUGGUGGCAUGCGGUUCACAUGAGCGUAAGCUCUUGAAUUUAUUUGCAUUACGGGUGGAUGAUAGUGGUGGUACGCUUCUCGGUUGGUCACAUCGUGCCACAGUUUCUCGAUUGGGAGAGCGUGAUCGGUAUAGUGACGCGAUAGACUUCCACAUGGCGCCCGAUGCUUGGUUGAAGGGUGACAAAUUAUUUGCAGUGCAAUAUGAGUAUGAUGAGGCGACACUAUUGGCUGUGGAUUCACAGAAUCAGAUACAUAAAAUCGAUAAUGAUGGUCACAAAGUAUUUCCGCGUUUACCCUACCCCAUCACUGCGCUUACGCAAAGUGGCAAGCAAGCGAUAGUUGGCUGCGUAAAUGGCAUGCUAUUUGAUUUGACUACUUCUACACCUCUAUUCACUUCGGCCUUUGAGAAUCAACCGAUCGAGUUUUUACAGCUUUUAGACGAAUACACGCUUGUUGCAGGUAGCAAUAAUGAGCUAGUCAUUUUCACAGAUCUUAGUACUGGCCAACAAAAACCAUUUAUAUUGAAAUAUGGAAAAAUUAAGCGCUGCUUUCGUUUGGCGGCUGGACGCAUAUUGAUAGUUUUUGUAAGCUGUGUAUUUUGGGUUUUAGAUGAGUCCGCGUGUUUGAUAAAUAAAUACGAGCCAAUGCGCAGCAUUGGGGAUUGCGAUUUACAAAACAACCAACUGUUUGUGGUUACUGAAAACUAUAGAAUCGAGCCUUUUUUGUUCCGAUGCAUGGCUGGUGAUGAUUUUGGUUGUAUAACUUUUGUGAACAGUAUUUUGCGGCUGGACUAUUUGGCGAACUAGCAAAUUUGUAGCCCUCCUUACUCCGUCUAUCUUUUCAACCUGAUCUAAUCGCUGGCAUUCGCAGCUUUAGAUAAAUAGUAUGAUUUUAAAUAUAUUUCUACAAAACGAUGUAUGUAUAGUACAUAUGUGAUCUAUGUAUGUUCUCGUAUAUAAUAUGUGCACCUGUUUUUGCCCGCGUUGCUAAUUUUUUUUUAAUAAGCGUGAUAUCUAAGAGCAACGAAAUAACUACGCUAUCCGGCUACUAACCAAUAAUUCUCGUCUAUUACUUGCAUAUAUCAUCGAUGGAGAACGAAAGUCGGCAUCUCAAUGCUUUAUUCGCCGUUGUCAACAAAAACCGAGUGGUAAAAUGAGGAAACUACAGUAAAUUUUUCCCAUGCUCAUGUCAGUAUUUGGAAGAGAGCUAUCCCAUAUAUAGCCGUUAAGCCAUAAACACUUUUCCAAAAUGCAUCAAUUCAAAACAUAACCGCGCAUUUUAGAAUUUUCUAUAUUAUUUGAAUUGAAAAUAAAUUAAAUUAUAGUUUAAAAAACUAAAAA